AUGAGUAAGACAAAAAGUCACAAGCGUUCCUAUCUUUUUCUCUCAGUGGCUCAGAGAUUGAGUAAACUGUACUUGGAAAAGCUGCUGCCCCUGGAAGAGAUGUAUCAGUUUGAGAGGUUCCACUCGCCUCCGCUCACAGAUGCAGACUUCGAUAACCGGCCCAUGGUGCUUCUGAUGGGCCAGUACAGCACCGGCAAGACGACCUUCAUCAGUCACCUCCUCGAGCAGACAUUCCCGUGCAUGCGCAUUGGGCCCGAGCCCACUACUGAUGGCUUCGUUUGCCUCAUGCAUGGCGAAGUGGAGAACGUGAUGCCAGGCAACGUGGCUGUGGUAGACCGACGCUUCCCCUUCCGCAAUCUCACCAACUUUGGCAAUGCCUUCCUCAACCGAUUCACUUUGGUCCAGCUACCCAAUGAGUUCCUGGACAGUAUCAGCAUCAUCGACACCCCUGGAAUCCUUGCUGGUGAGAAACAACGGCUCAGUAGAGGUUAUGACUUCUCGGCAGUGCUCGAGUGGUUUGCCCAGCGAGUAGAUCUUAUCAUUCUGCUCUUUGAUGCUCAUAAAUUGGACAUAUCAGAUGAGCUGUCUCAGGCAAUCAAAUCUCUCAAGAACAACGAAGAUAAAAUGCGAGUGGUGCUAAACAAGUCUGACCAGGUGGGAACUCAGCAACUGAUGCGGGUCUAUGGGGCCCUCAUGUGGUCCUUGGGCAAGAUCAUUAACACCCCUGAGGUGAUGAGGGUGUAUAUAGGUUCCUUCUGGGCAGAACCCUAUGUGAAUCUUGAUAACAGCAAGCUUUUUGAAGCAGAGGCUUUGGAUCUCUAUAAGGACAUUCAGAGGCUGCCCCAUUAUAGUACUGUUAGGAAAAUGAAUGAUCUGAUCAAAAGAGCCAGGCUGGCCAGGGUCCAUGGCUACAUCAUUGCUACCCUCAAGAAAGAGUUGCCCAUGUUUGGCAAGGAGAACAAAAAAAGGGAGUUGAUCACCAACUUACAAGAGAUUUUCCUUAAAGUUGAACGAGAUUAUCAUGUUUCUUCUGGAGACUUCCCAAGUGUCCAGAAAAUGCAGGAAUUACUAAUUGGCCAAGACUUCACCAAGUUCAAUAACCUGAAGCCCAAGCUCUUUGAUACCUUGGAAGACAUGCUGUCCAAAGAUAUAACUCGGUUGAUGUUUUUGAUGAGAGAAGAAGAGGCUGCUGCAGCAGCUGCCAUGGCUGCCACAGAAGCAGCUGCUGCUCUUGUUGACAAGCCAUGA